AUGAUCAGCAGGAAGGCGAGCGAUGAUCUCGAACAAGAUGCUUUAGAUCUCGUCGACCUUGUGAACGACCAGGUUCGCCGCCUUGGCGCACACAGUCGCACCAAGAAGGCCAUCACUAUAUUCGGCCAUGUUGGACGUCAGAAUAGCGUUUCCCACUUUGCAGGAAUUGGGGCCAAUUUGAAAUUGGAACCUCGCAAGCGGCGAACCCAACGAACUAUGCACCAGCUGCUAUUGGAAACGUUCCUAUCCUUCAUGGAAAGCACCAUCUCCUUCUUGAUGUUGACCUCGUUUGACAUCUUGCGCUGGUCUUGGAAGACCGUGAGCGCCCACAAAGUCAUCCUAGUCUUGUUGAUAUCAAGUGCGCUCAUGAAUGGAUUCUACUCGUCUCGCGAUUCCUGGGAUUGGUGGCAUGAGAGACACGCGAGCAAUUUCAUGGCUCGAAUCGGAGUCCAGCCGAACCUGGUCAUGAGCAAAGCGAUUUACAUCCAAGAUAUCGACGAGGCAAUUGCCAACACGACCAUUUGGCCUAGCAACGGAAACGCCAGCACGUGCUUCAGUACGUUCCACGAGAACUCCAUGCGCUAUUCAGAAUUGCCCCUCUCGCUCAGCACCUCCGGGCCCCGUGACGCAGUGGCCAAGAGCGCCACGAAGCGCUUCCAACAAACGCGUGAACGUCUCGGCACAUACCGAUACAAUCUUCUCGUUGCUCUGCGCGUGGUGAACAGCAUCGAGAAAGAAGUCAUUCAGAACGAAUGGGAACGUUGGCUCCGCGAAGAGCUACGACGCUGUCGCCAGGUCGAACUUCUCCUGAGUGGCAAUAGCGAAGAGGGCGAAGCAGGCGCACAAGCCCAAGCGGAGCGAAUUUUCGCUGAAAAUGCCGGCAGCGUGACAGAGUGGUACGAUAAGUAUUGCACAAGCUGUCGUUCGGAGCAAGAGCAGGCCCAGCAGAAUGGAGCUGAAAACCCGCUCGUUUGA